AUGCUCCCGGAUUUGGAGAAGAUAGAGGAACAAGAACUGAGGAGGAAACUAUUUUAUGAGGAGGAUCAGGAGGCCAAAAGAAAGUCGCCUAGAUUAGUGUCCGCAGGAAUAUCUGGUCUAUUUGGUCUAUUUGGUACAACUAGUGGUGGUAUAGUAUUUGGUGGUAGAGUAUUUGGAGAUAACUCUGUAAAUGAAAUCCCGGGUCAAGAAUAUUUUGAAACCGGUGAGCAUGACGACGAAGAAGUGACAUUAAAAAUUUUAGGAAAAAUAGCACCAGAUAAAAACUUACUAAUUCUUCCCAACGGUAUAAAACUUACAUACGGCGAGAUCAUCGGGUUCGCAGGAGAUUUUUAUGGGAUUCCUGAGUGGCCAAUUUGUGCGGAAGUGAACGGGACAUCUUAUAAGUCUAGGUUUAUGGACGCAUUCAACACACUGGGAAGAGGAGAUGUCUCUUCCAUCCGUAAAGAACUAAGUCAAAUUCAGCACAUCCUGAUGAUUGAGAAGAAUUCUGUAGCCACAGUUUUGGGGCAAGGCGAUCCUUCGAUACCAACAGUUUUAGACAAAAACAAAACCUACAAUCAGCCUUCUGAUGUGUACAGGCACCAUGGACUGUGGUUCACAAUCCAAUACGACACUAUUCUGGGAGGAUACUGGGUUAAUGGUAUACCAGUCAAGUUUGGUAGGAUGAUGAAGCUAGCAGAAAAUAAUCCCGACCACUUCCAACCGUAUUCAAGAAAAGUUUGGGAGGCAGGACACCGGAUAGCCCUGCAAAAAGCAGAGGAAGCAAGGUUGGUUUUCAGAGCAAGACGAGAGGAGGCUAUGGGGCUGCUAAAUGAAGCGUACGCUAUCUCCGCAUUUUCCUGCCACUUCCUCACAGACAGUUUUUCUGCAGGGCAUAUCAGGGUUCCAAGAGUAGAAUUACCAGCAGUAGUGACCCCAGAAAUAACAGGUGAUCUUCUAGUUCACUACCAACAUGACGAGGAUGGCAAGUUUGGGCUGAACGUUAUCAACGACGACAAGGAAAAGUGGAGGUGUUUCGGAGACGGAACUCUUUACGAUCAGAAGAGUAAAGAAAACAAGAGAUUAGUAAGAGGCGUGGUUCAAGAGUGUGUUGAUCAGGUCUGGAGAGUGUUUAACGGUGGACCUAGUGGAGGCGUGGAAAAAAUCCUCAGGAAAAUUCCAAAUGUUGACUCAGCAAUGCCGAACAAUUUUCCGCUUUUUACAUCAGUAUCAGAGAAUGGAAAUUUAAAGGUGUUCAGGAGAAAGGAUGUGAACGAUUUGUCAGAUUUCAGAAAAACGGACAAUUGGUAUGGAUGGUCAACUUUAGCAUUACUUAAAUACAGUUAUGACCCACAAAAUUCUGUAGUCUAGUAGAGUAGUAGGUAGAUGAAGAGAAGUUGGUACAACAUCUAUAUGU